UGUCCUCCAGUCUGGCUCGUUUCAGAAGGCUGGGCUGACCACUCGCGAGCAGCCGUGAUGCUCGAUACCACGGACAGCGCGUUUCCCAUGGAUUCGUCCCUGGCCGACGGGGGUCGUGCUUGCAGGGAGGACCCAGCUCUGACGCGUUGGACCUAUGCCCGCACUAUCAACGUGCCCGCUAACGUCCGACCCACCCCCAAGACCUCCCUGCUGGGGCUGCUGUUUGGGGCGGGACCCCUUGUGUUCUGGUACUUUGUCCUCAAGAAAAGCAGGGACCGUAAAGAGAGGUUGAUACAGGAGGGGAAACUGGACCGCCGAUAUCAUCUUUCUUAUUGAUUUGAUGGA